ACGGAGUAUGAGCAUAUGGAGUAUUACAUGCACCUGAAGACCCUGUACACUGUGGGAUAUGGGACGUCGCUCGGCGCUCUGCUCCUCGCCAUCCUCCUCCUCCUGUCAUUCAGGCGGCUGCGCUGUACUCGGAAUUACAUCCACAUGAACCUCUUCUCUUCCUUCAUUCUGCGCGCCAUGUCCAUCUUCAUCAAGGACGCCGUGCUCUUUUCUGCAGAUGAUGUCAAGCACUGCAGCGUCUACCUGAAGGACUGUCACUACGUCCUGAUCUUCUUCCAGUACUGCAUCAUGGCCAAUUACAGCUGGCUGCUGGUGGAGGGGCUCUACCUGCACACACUGCUCGUCGUCUCCUUCUUCUCCGAGUGGAAGUAUUUCUGCUGGUACAUCGCCCUCGGGUGGGGCUCCCCUCUGGUCUUCAUCAUCGCCUGGUCCGUGUGCCGACAGCUGUACGAGAACACGGGCUGCUGGAACAUUAACUCCGACCCCAGCGUCUGGUGGAUCAUCCGGGGCCCCAUCAUCCUCUCCAUAUUUAUCAACUUCAUUCUGUUUGUGAGAAUCAUCCGGAUUCUGGUGAAAAAGCUCCGCACCGCGCGGCCCCCGGGGAGCGACCUCCACCAGUACAAGAGAUUGGCCAGGUCUACCCUCUCCUCAUCCCGCUCUUCGGGGGUCCAUUACAUCAUCUUCGCAUUCUUCCCGGAGGAUGUGAGCAGCGGCACGGUGGAGAUACGCUUAUCCUUCGAGCUGGCGCUUGGCUCUUUCCAGGGCUUUGUGGUCGCCGUCCUCUACUGCUUCCUGAACGGUGAAGUGCAGUUCGAGGUCCGGAGGAAGUGGGGCAGAUAUCACCUACGGAAAUACUUCUGGCUGCGGCAGAACAAGCACUCGAUGGUCAGUAAUGGCGGCAGCGUCCUGACACAGGUGGUCCAGGUCAGCCGGAGCAGCCAGCGGGAGGCGAGGAACAGCUCCGCCCCUAUGACCAGCCUCAUCUGA